AUGGCGUCGCAGUAUGAGGUGCCUCGCGAGGCCAGAGGGCCCGCGUUGGCCGCGGCUGGUGUACGGCCUCGCGUUGACCCCGAGGCCCUAGGAGAGGUGGACCCGGAACACUAUCCUCAGGCCAAGGACUCGACCAACAGGAUACGAGGCAAGUCAGACAUCAUCGAACUGAUCUUCGGGUCCGUUGACCAGGAGCUCCUGACAGUCAAGACGUUCUACUUCUUCUUCUACUCGGCGUUCGGGUCCCUGUUCCCACUGAUGGGCGUCUACUUCAAACAGAUGGGCAUGAAUCCCAGCCAGUGUGGUCUGCUCAUCGGGUCCCGGCCUUUCGUCGAGUUUCUGGCCGCCCCGUUCUGGGGAGGUCUGGCUGACAGAUGGCGCAAGGGGAAAAUGUUGUUAUUGGCUUCGCUUUCGUGUUGGAUCAUUUUUACGCUGCCGUUGGGAUUCAUACAGCCACCAGCCACUCGAUGUAUUGUGAAAAAAAACGCGUCCACUUAUAUGCUGGAAACGCCCAUGGCGCCCAAAGUGUACAAGCGGGACGUGUCUUCGGUGACGGAUUUCAUUAAAUAUGAUCAAGACAUCAACGACUUUGAAGUCCCAGACUUGUCCACGCCCGUGAUACGCCGGACUCGUGGCGUGCGGCCAAGGUUUACGGCCGGCCGGUCACCAUUGGACGUGAAGUUCGCCUCCAACUACAACGAGAAACAGCACUACAACUUGGUCAUGCCUAUUUACAGCCACAUCGUGUACACGAUAGAAGAUAUAGAGAAAGUGUUCUUUCUUCUAUUGCUUCUAGUCAUGAUAGGCGAGUUCUUCAGCGCUCCAGCCAUCACGUUGGCUGACUCGGCCGUUAUCACGCUGUUGGGUACGGACGCCGACAAAUACGGACACCAGAGAAUGUUUGGCUCGUUGGGUUGGGGCCUGGCCAUGUUUUUCGUGGGCAUAGCACUUGACCAUUCAACCGCUUUUCCGGAUCACCCGUGCGAUGGGCCACAGGACCGUGAGAAGAACUACACUAUUUGCUUUGCCACGUUUUCCGUUCUUAUGGGAGCCGCCCUGAUCACUGCCACGCAGAUGAACUUCCGGUACGAAGAUACUUCAGCCGAAACAGAACAGACGGAAAUGAUGAUGGAAAAGGGAGCGGCUCCGACCCGGGACGAUUAUCUACAGCAGGAGUUAGCGCAACAAUUGAAUCUCCCGUCUUUGGCGCCCAACGUCGCGGGUUUGCCUCCCAGGCCCCCAGAUCUCCCGGAAAGCGGUGGUGGAGAGUCGAGCUUAAAGACUAAAAUCUUCGCUCAAACAACAAAGAAAAUUCCAGAAUGGAUUACGGUAUUGAAAUAUUUUGCGAACUUGAAGUGUGGAUCUUUUUUGUUUGUAUCGUGGUUUAUGGGAUUCGGUAUUGGGCUGAUAUUCACGUUCCUGUUUUGGCAUUUGCAAGAUUACGGUGGAUCCCCAACGCUAUUCGGUGUGGCUUCAGUUAUCAAUCACAUUUCUGAGAUAUUCGCGUACUUCUUUAGUUUCAAACUAAUUCGCCAGAUGGGACACGUCAAAGUGUUGUGUUUGGGACUCGUCGGCAACAUAUUGCGUUUCUUGUACAUCUCUUGGCUGAAGAACCCAUGGUGGGUAUUACCGUUUGAGUUCAUGCAAGGCAUAACCCAUGCUGCAGUCUGGGCCGCUUGUUGCUCGUAUAUAGCCCAUAAUACUCCACAACAGUUGCGAAGCUCGGCUCAAGGCGUGUUGCAAGGCAUCCAUCAUGGAUUGGGCAGAGGAUGUGGUGCUGUCGUCGGUGGAUGGUUUGUCACGUACUUCGGAACGACCACCACGUUUAGGGGAUACGGAUUUGUUUGCGCGCUCGUCUUAGGAGCGUUUAUUUUUAUUAAUUUCUACAGGAAGGACACUGGGUUUGUGUCAGAAUUACCUGUUGCCGAAGAUCCACAUCAGGUGGCUGAAGAAACAGCUCAUUUAGCCCCGCAUGGCGUACCCAGCAAUCCUUUACCGAGAGGCUUGUCGAGCAACAAACUACAAGAUCUGGCGACCGAAAACCAUGGUUAUGGCGCUACGCACACAUCUGGCAGCAACUUAAAUAUUCCACAAGGCGCUACAAAUCCAUUCCGACAAAACAACAGCUACAAACAACCCAUUAAUCACGGAACCUCGUACACGGACGAGUGUAUACAAAAACAAUAUACGAUGUGCAACGACUUACAGAAACAUUCGAUAACUUCAGAAUUGAUGAGUCCAGAACCACUGAAAAGAAACUCGCCUUUAUACCAGUGGUAA